CCACUGUUCCACAUCUCAAGCAUGAUGAUAAAGAGACACCUCGCCACUUCAGCCGAGAACAUUGCUAAGCAGCAGUUUAACGUGUUUGACAGGUCGGCCAAGCUCUUGCAAAGAUCCAGGACUCCCAAGCUCAACCCCGAGCUCUCGAGAAAGAAAGAAUACUUGAGAGAUGAAGUGGCCCUCAAGACAAUUGAAAGAUUGGCAUUUAUAACUCGUGAUUUCACUCGUGUGCUAGACUUCGGGUCCCACCUGGGUAACUUCCUCAAGAACUUGUGUAUAGACACUCCUGUGCCUCCAGGAGGCGACUAUGCUGAUGUUGAAAUGACCAAACAACUCAACAAUGACAAGGGCUUGAUCAGAAACAAAAUAAAAGAACUUGUGAUGGUGGACUCGUCUUCUGAUAUACUCAACCGUGAUAUCAACGAGCUGUUCUUGUCUAACUUCGAAGGGAAAGUUACCAGAAACGUGGUGGACGAAGAAACAUUUGAGCACCCAUGUCUUGAAGAAUCGAACCAGUACGAUGCAGUGAUAUCAAAUUUGUCAUUGCACUGGAUUAAUGAUCUUCCCACAGCAUUGUCGAACAUCAACAGGGUGUUGAAGCCCGAUGGGUUAUUCAUGGGAACAUUAUUUGGAGGGGAUACACUUUACGAAUUGAGAACAUCAUUACAAUUAGCGGAAUUGGAAAGAAAUGGAGGUAUGUCUCCCAGAGUCUCGCCUUUGGUGCAUUUGAACGAUGUUGGCUCCUUGUUGAACAGAGCUGGAUUCAACAUGUUGACCAUAGAUGCCGAAGAUAUCGUUGUUGGCGGAUUCCCCGAUGUGGCCGCAUUAUGCGAGGACUUACAGGCCAUGGGAGAACAAAAUUCGGUUUUGUCUAGAGCAGGCUAUUUACCUAGAGAUGUGUUGUUGGCUGCCAACGAAAUCUAUAAAAGUUUGCAUGGAGAAAAGGACGAUCAGGGCCAGGUGACCUUGCCUGCCACCUUCAAUGUCAUUUUCAUGAUUGGAUGGAAGAAGAGUGAGAAUCAACCAAAGCCUUUGGCCAGGGGUACGGGACAAAUUAAUUUGAAAGAUGUAUUGUGAUCUAAAUCGCAUACAUUACAGGUAAGAUAAAGCUGGUCUUUCCGACAAGAGGAACCCGCCAAUGCCAAUGCGCGCCUCAGUGUAAAUAUGGAGAUAGAUAAUGCAGUUCAAGG